UCGGCCCAGCCUCGGGGUCCUGGGCUGAGGAAGCGGGACGGAAGUGAACGGGUCCCGCCYCUUCCCCCUUGGCUUUCGUCGGAGCUGCAGCCGCUGCCGCCACCGCAGCCCGCUCUCCGGCUAGCCGGAGCCUCUUUUCUGUACCCUUGGUCCCCGGCCGCGCGGAGCCGGGAUGCACUGCUCCUGCUGUGGGUCCUCAUCAUGGAGACCAAACGGGUGGAGAUUCCUGGCAGCGUCCUGGACGAUCUCUGCAGCCGAUUUAUUUUGCAUAUUCCCAGCGAGGAAAGAGACAAUGCAAUCCGAGUGUGUUUUCAGAUUGAACUUGCCCAUUGGUUUUACUUGGAUUUCUACAUGCAGAACACACCAGGAUUACCUCAGUGUGGGAUAAGAGACUUUGCAAAAGCUGUCUUCAAUCAUUGUCCAUUUUUGCUGCCUCAAGGUGAAGAUGUGGAAAAAAUUUUGGAUGAAUGGAAGGAAUAUAAAAUGGGAGUACCAACAUAUGGUGCAAUUAUUCUUGAUGAGACACUUGAAAAUGUACUACUGGUUCAGGGGUACUUAGCAAAAUCAGGCUGGGGAUUUCCAAAAGGAAAAGUAAAUAAAGAAGAAGCUCCUCAUGAUUGUGCUGCUAGAGAGGUCUUUGAAGAAACUGGUUUUGAUAUCAAAGACUAUAUUUGUAAGGAUGAUUACAUUGAACUUCGAAUCAAUGACCAACUUGCUCGUUUGUACAUCAUUCCAGGAAUUCCAAAAGACACUAAAUUUAACCCAAAAACUAGAAGAGAAAUUCGGAAUAUUGAGUGGUUCUCCAUUGAGAAAUUGCCCUGUCAUAGAAAUGAUAUGACCCCCAAAUCCAAACUUGGCUUGGCACCUAACAAAUUUUUUAUGGCCAUUCCCUUUAUCAGACCAUUAAGGGACUGGCUUUCUCGAAGAUUUGGGGAUUCCUCAGAUAGUGAUAAUGGAUUUUCCUCUGCUGGUAGCACACCCGCUAAACCCACUGUGGAAAAAUUGAGUCGAACCAAAUUCCGCCACAGUCAGCARUUGUUUCCUGAAGGUUCUCCUGGCGACCAGUGGGUAAAACACAGACAGCCACUGCAGCAAAAGCCAUACAAUAGCCAUUCUGAAAUGUCUGACCUUUUAAAAGCAAAGAGUAUUAGGGGAAAUGGCAGAAAACAGUAUCAAGAUUCACCUAAUCAGAAGAAAAGAACAAACGGUGUCCAUAGCCAGCCACCAAAGCAGCAGAAUCCCUUGAUGAAAUGUGAAAAGAGACUGCAUCCACGAAAACUUCAGGAUAACUUUGAAACAGAUGCUGUAUAUGACCUGCCUUGUUCCAGUGAAGACCAGUUACUAGAACAUGUUGAGGGACAGUCUGUGGCAUGUAAUGGACAUUGCAAGUUCCCCUUUUCAUCCAGAACUUUUUUGAGUUUCAAGUUUGACCAUAAUGCUAUAAUGAAAAUCUUGGACCUUUGAUAGCAACAGAUGUAUUAUAGAAGUCCCAAGCCAAGAUCAGAGACCUGUUGUAUUUGAGCGGGUGUCUCCUCAAGCCUUACCUUUCUCAGGUGUUUUAAAGAAAUGCAGGGAGGCAGUGUUUCUGAAAGGAUUUUCUGUGCAGAAGAGUAGAAAGAAGCAUGAGUUUGCACUGUAAAUGCAGUUAUAAUCUUUUAAACAGUUUUACCUUUUCAGUGUUUGAAACAAGUGUAAUUUUUUUUUGGAGGGCUUUUUUUUUUUUCCUGUGUGACUGGGUCUUAUUUUUUCUGGUCAAGAAAAUAGUGUUUGAGAAAUCAAUUAGCCAAGGUAAUGGGAAUGCUUCAUCUACCCAUUACAGUGAUUGCAAUAAUCGUUUACUUGUAUUGAAAUUUUUAAAAAGAAACUUAAAAUAUCCAAUUAUUAAAUGAACAUAAAAGCUGAAAUGUCUCAAAUGUUGAGAUUGCAAACCAUCUGUCUUGGUGGCAUUUUAUUUCUCUGCUUCUGACCACUGAGGCUAAUUCUCCUUUGCUUAGAGUUUUGUUGAAAGGAGUUAUUCAGAGCCAACAUCUUUAAUAUAAUAUUCAUGUGCAAAAUGAACUCAUAGCACUUCAUAAGGAUAAAAUUGGCAGCUUGGAGGAGGGAUUCAGUUGAKGGGGAGUUGAUGCUGUAAUUUUGAGUUGUGCUGGAUACAUUCAAUAAACCUGUGAGUGCUGGAGCAGAAAGCAAGGAGGCAAGGGCCCAGUAAGUAUUUGGGAUUAUGUUUUUACCAUCCUGCCUCCAACCCUUUACCAUUGUAUAAUGAUUUUGUUCGUGUGAAAAUUUCUGAUAUAUUCCAGUUGUGUAAAUAUGUAUGGAAAAAUUGACAUUAGUUUUACAUUGCAUAUCUGUGUGAUCUAUGGAAAUUGAUGUUAUAUUAGGUUCCAAUUUUCAGUAGAACAAAGUGAAAUGCUUUUAUUGGCAUGCUGAAACCCCUGAAUGAUGGGCAUCAGAAGCAGACGGGGUGUCCAGUUUACCAAGAACAAAUAAAGCAUUUCACUAAGGCAAGAUCAGAACAUGAAAGUAACAUACAUAACUCACUCCUAGGAAUGUAUUUUGCUCCUUUCGGAUUCUUAAAUCCAAAUAAGGAUGGCAGUAGCCAUUUUGAGAAGAAUUUUCAGCUAUAACUGAGGACAAUCACCUGAGCUUUAAGUAGGAGAUACAUUUUGGCUGCAUCUGACCUCAUUGAAGAUAAUUCUUGGGGGUGGGGGUGAGGGACAGUUUGAGUCUAUGUGUGUGUGUCUGUCAUAUGGGUUUUGAUCUUUUUGUUUGUUUUACAAGUGGUAUCCACAAAAUAUUUUCUGCUUAUAAAUGUUACUGUAGAAAUCUUUAUUCUGUAUAGGUAGCCUAUUUAAUUAGAGGUUCUGCUUAACCUGUAGAACUUUUAAAAGGGGGGCUAUUGUAAGGAUUCACUUUGUAUUAUUACUUGGCUUUAGAUUUUAAGUGACUUGAUUUUAAAGGAGAAAUUCUAUUUAUUAAUGAAAGUGUCAUUCUCGGUGCUAAGCAGGAGAAUUCAUGUUGCUAGCAGUGUUUUGAGAAUUAGGUUAUCCAUAAUCCUGCAUCUUUUAAUGUGACUAAUUUGUGAAUCCUUAUGUGACCUUUGCUUUUUAAUGCAUUAUAUGAUUGCAUUUGGAAGCUCUUACUAUUCUUUUCAGAAAUACAGCUGCUUUGCUCGGGUCUCCUUGAGCCAUAUUUAUAGUUGGUCCAAGCAUUCCAGAUUUCUGUUAAAUCAUUAAGGAAGUGAAAACAGUUUGCCUGGCAGAUGAAUCAUUUUUCACUUGUUUACUAUCAUCUGGAAACCAUUUAAUUUUUAGUGGUUUUUUUUUUUUUUUGUG